CCCACACGUGAUCCGUGCAGGAAGUGUGUGCGAGGCAGAGACGGAAACUGCGACCAAAGGAUCCAGCAUAAUGAGAGAGGGGGAUUGGGAAGAAAGAGAGAGAGAGAGAGAAAGAGAAUAAAAGAGAAGUGGUGAAGCAGGGGCAGAGCCCAGCAAAACUUUGAGUGCAAGAUGUGGAAAGCAGCUGCAGGCCGGACUAUUUCUGUGUCAGCACCAGACGAUGGCGAUGAUUGGGAUACAGAUCCUGACUUUGUGAACGACUUGUCUGAAAAGGAGCAGCGAUGGGGUGCCAAGACAGUGCAAGGAUCCGGACACCAGGCCCACAUUAACUUGCAGGAGCUCAGAGAAAAUGUCUCCCAGGAGCAUAAAUCGCUCAAACAGAAAGAAUUAGCAGACGGGCCUAAAGCUUCGCACGGAUACGGCGGGAAAUUUGGCGUCCAGGACGAUCAUAUGGAUAAGUCAGCUGUCGGGCACGAGUACAUCGCCAAACUUUCCAAGCACUGUUCUCAGACGGACUCGGUGAAAGGAUUCGGAGGGAAGUUUGGCUUGCAGAAGGACCGCGUGGACAAGUCUGCUGUGGGUUUUGAAUACGAAGGCAAGACCGUCAAACACUCAUCGCAGAAAGAUUAUUCCAAAGGAUUUGGUGGCAAGUAUGGAGUGGAAAAGGAUAAGGUGGACAAGAGUGCCGUUGGCUUUGAAUACCAAGGGAAAACGGAGAAGCACGAGUCGCAGAAAGAUUACGUCAAAGGUUUCGGUGGGAAGUUUGGCGUCCAGACCGAUCGACAAGACAAAAACGCCUUUGGCUGGGACCACCAGGAGACCACUCAGUUGCACGAAUCGCAGAAAGGUGAGCGAUGGGCAGCUCAAUGCCACAGUGAAGCCUCUGACUCUAUCGAGCGUUUGAAGGCACUGGGCCUGUACUCACUGGAGGAUCGAACCUGUGUCUCGGGUGGUGUGGGGGCAGCGUCUCUACCGCUGCGCCGCCCCCAUCGGCUGCCUUUUGAAUUGGAGAGGAGGUCGACCGUGCUUGCGUUUUGUUUCUAUCUCUGCGCGCGCUCACCGCUGCCGGAGAGACGGUUUGCAACUCUGGGUUCCGUUUGUUCUGCAGCCAACGCCAGUGCCAGCAGCAUCCGCUCCAAGUUUGAGAACAUCGCGAAAGCCAAUGAGGAGGAGGAUCGGAAGAAGGUCGGAGAGGAGCGAGCCCGGCGCCAGGCUGGCGAGAGGAAGGAACAGGAAGAGGCCAAGAGAAAACUGGAGGAAGAAGAAUCCGUGAGGAAGCCGUCUCCAGUGUCCAUGCCAGCGCCCACACCCACCCCUGCUCCAGCCCCUGCCCCUGCCCCAGCCCCUGUGAUCACUCCAUCUCCCACACCUGCACCCGUGGAGCAACCAAGAGUGCCCGACACUAUUUACGAGGCGCCCUUGAAGCAAGAAGAGGAAGCUGCAGAAGAGAGGCAUGAUGGGGACAUCUACAGCGCAGGACUCCAGGCAGAUGUGGAGGAACCGCAGUACCAGGAGGCUGUGUACGAGCAGGAGGCAGUGUACCAGAUGCCUGAUGAAAGUCAGGUCGACCAACAAGAUGAGCCCACUUAUGCAGAGUAUGGGAAUGAAUAUGGAAUAACUGCAGUGGCCCUCUAUGACUACCAAGCUGCUGGUGACGAUGAGAUUUCCUUUGACCCGGACGACAUGAUUACCAACAUUGAGAUGAUCGACGAGGGGUGGUGGCGGGGAGAAUGCAGAGGCAGGUACGGACUCUUCCCUGCAAACUACGUUGAGCUGAAGCAGUGAAGUGCUUUUCCCAACUGGUUUCCUUCGAACGUGCAAUUCCGAAUCGAUGCGGCAUGAAUUGUGUUCAGUUUGGGAAUAAAGUUUUUUUUCUUUUUCUCCCGAGAGUUGCAAUUAUGCAUCGCGUCAUAACAAAAACAUCUUUAAAAGCCCCAGGGCUGGGAGCUUCAGGUUAAUGUUCCCCUUGCCUUUGGAAAGGGGAGCAUUGUUGACCAACAGAGAAAGGUUGAAUGCACUUUCUAAUCAAGGGCAACAUCUACCAGUAGUACCAACAUAGCAUCCACAUGGAAAGGCUGACGUCAACAAUGGAUGCUUACUACACAUCAAAGCCAAAUGCUUCUCAAUGACCAACUUAGGUGUUUAACUGAAAUGAAUACGGUUGUUUAUCAUUGCUAACUUUAUUCCUAGUUUUAGCCUUGCCUUUCAUUUGAAAUCUUUAUUGUCCCACUUGCUAAUAGUGAAAGCAUUGAAUUCAUAUUAUCUUUUAGUUUUUACUUCUUUGCCUUUGUUUUGGAGACUUGUUUUCUGCUUAGAACUGUGUUCUCUGCAUCAGAAAUGGCUUUGGGUUUUUUUAAUAAAAGUUGCCUUUUUCAAUACUGUUCAUCAAGAAUUAAACUGGUUUUAUUGCACUGCC